GCCGGCUCAGAGCAGCCGCCGGCUCCGCCCCGCGGGGCCACAUCGGCGGUGGGAAGGAGGGCAGCCGUGCCGAGCGGAGCCGAGCCGGGGAGGUAAGUCCCAUAAGUGAAAGAAGAUGGGAUCUGGCUGCCUAAAAGUCACCAAGUACUUCCUCUUCCUCUUCAAUCUCCUGUUCCUUAUCCUGGGGGCUGUCAUCCUGGGGUUUGGAAUAUGGAUUCUGGCCGACAAAACCAGUUUCAUUGCGGUUCUACAGACAUCAUCUCCCUCCCUGAAGACUGGUGCAUACAUUCUCAUCGGUGUCGGGGCACUCACCAUGCUCAUGGGGUUCCUGGGCUGUCUUGGAGCAGUCAAUGAAAUUCGAUGUCUCUUGGGUCUGUACUUCACCUGCCUGAUGAUAAUCCUCAUAACUCAGGUUGCUGCUGGACUGGUCAUCUAUUUCCAGAAAGAAACGCUGAAAGAAGAGUUGUCCCACAUAGUUAAAGAUCUGAUUGAAAAUUAUAACCCUUUGAAUGAAGAUAAGAAGAACUUGCAAGAAGUAUGGGACUAUGUGCAAAUACAGAUCUCCUGCUGUGGCUGGACUGGAGCAAAAGACUGGGAAGAUAAUGAGAUUAUUAUCAACAAAAGCAUGACUGAGUAUCCCUGCUCCUGCUCCAAUAGAACGGAUGACUUAGAGGAAGGAAGAGGUUUCUGUCGUCUAGAUGACCCUGUCAAUGGCACUGCAACCUAUACUGACUGGCCUGUUCAUGGGCAGGGAUGCAUGGAUGGUGUAGAGCAGUGGUUGAAGGACAACCUUGGUGUCAUCCUUGGGGUUUGCACUGGUGUUGCUGUUAUAGAGCUGCUGGGGAUGAUUCUGUCCAUUUCGCUUUGCAAGAACAUACACAGCGAAGACUACACCAAAGUGCCCAAGUCUUGAGUUGGCUGACUCCAGAGCUACGGCACCACAGAGAAAGGAGCAAACAGAACAUUCCUGCCUCAUACCCAGACUGUCCAACCGUUGACCAUUAUUCCUGUGACAUCCCAUUUCUGAUACCACUCUGCUAAGAACUGUUAGACCUGCAACACAGCCUGAUCUUCUGGCAAUAGGGCCAUUGGGCCACCUGCAUCCUGCCUCUGGAUUAUUUCUACUUCAAGAAGCAGAACUUGAACUGUCUCAUAUCACGUGAGACGCUGAUUAACCUGAGGGGACAAUGCUUUUGCUGCCUGCUCCAUGAUAAACAAUACUACUCAUAUCAUCAUUCUACAACCCACUGGGCCUAACAUACAAUAACUUCUCUCUCCCUCGCUCUUCUCCUGCACAUCUUUUCACCUCCCCCCAGAAGUCCCAUCUCUUAGUUCCAUGAGCCAGGAAUUCAGUUGAGAUUCCAGUGCUUUGGUAGCUUCACUUGCUUCACUGACUUGUGGUGGUAACUAGUCAUGCUUUAUAGGCUUUCUCCUCCCUUGCAGUUAACCUUAUUUGGCUCCUACUGUGCAUCUUCAGACUAGGCUCUCAUCUGAAAUAGAGUGCUACCGUCAUACUUGCUGCUUCUGCUUCUGGAGUCAGCUAUGCCUUGCCUUCAGUGGAGUUCUUCCCUUUGAGCAUGAUGAGAAGCCACUGGGAGGGAGCCAAGCCUACCUUUUAAUUCCUAGUGUGACCUGGCUGAUUGUGGUGGCGGUGCUCAGCUACCUCUGGAAUGGAUCCCUUGGGUUUUGGGUUUGAUACUUAGAUGUUUCUCCCAUUUGCCUCUUUACCUUUUCCUCUCCUCCUAGCUCCCCUUCGCUGGCUCCUGUCAGUUGGAGGUACUUCAGAGACUGCUGCGUAGUGUGGACUCAGCCCCAGGCUGUCUCUGCUGGUUGUAUUCUUGGGUUGCCAACUCUGUAGAGGUUACGAUUAAUUUUGAUUCUUCCCCUGCCCCUAUAUGAACCUAAAAUUUGUUAGCUGUGGUUUUUAGAUAUGAAUAUGGAGGAAUCUGACUGGAUUGCUGAUGCUGUAUAUUGGAAAGUCCACUGCUACCAGUGCCCAGUGUAGGUUCUGUAGUUUGGAUGCGAGAAUAAGUUGCUUUUAUUUCAGUUGUCCAUUUUUCUAACUCCACUGUGGUCUGGAGCCAUGGCUACAUCCUGAGUUCUGUCUCAAGUGCCAGCACUGCAGCAGAUAAGUAGCAGGUUCUGCAGUCAUGCAGGCUGGGUGGUUUCUGUGUUAAAUGGCUGGGCUGUUCACUCUAUUCAGCCAGUGGCCAGCAGCAAGGAGUGGUGCAGACUGAAAGAAAGUAGGAGAUGUGUGUGAAACACUGCCCCAUCUUCCUACAUAAGAGAGCUGGGUGCAAAUCUUCAGUCUUAGAGGUGUCUUGCGCACAACAGGUUUCCUGCUGUUGUACAUGGUACAAUCACCCUGAUAGCAGGAAGCUGUAUGAGAGCGAAGUGGGUGGUCCUUGCCUGAGACCUGUUAUGAGGUACUUGGUGAGAGAGCCUUUGCCUUACAGAGGUGGUCCCUGGACCAUCUCCUGUCGGGGGGGGUUGGUAGUCAUAACCCUAGUAGCAGUUCCGGGGGUGGUUUCACUACCUACUCAGUUUUCCUUCUGGGGAGAAAGGCUUGUGCAGGGGAUCAGGUCCCCAGCAGUGGGUCCCUGCUCUGUCCUCUCUGGACACAGUAGUGACUGGGGAGAGAGUAGCUAUGACUGGGCAACUGGUUUUUAUGGAGGUCGGAUAAGGCUUUGCAAUUCUGAGAUAUCAGCCCCUUCCUGCACAGAUCCUUUGAGCUGAUCUUUGCUAUAGCAGAAGGCGCCUUUUAGCAGUAAAGCUUGCUAGCUUUUGGAACACACUCUAUUCUCUAAUAUGUUCUUAUUUGUAAGUUUCUUGUUCAGUUACAGAUGCCAAUACCAAACAGCAAGUUAAAAAUUACCAAGCCCAUUCUGGAUUUCCUUUUUUGUUUUUGUCUGUUUUUAGCAAAAUCUUCCUACUGGAAGAAAUGCAUGUACAGAUAUAAAAGUCUAGAGGGUGAAUAUUUCUGUAAUAAAGACUUUGCUAAAAAA